GGCGGGAAGGUGAGUGAGUGUCUCACCGCACUGCAUUUCUGAAGAUUGAACUGGAUCGAUCUUCUUCUAACUCAACCGAUCUGCACUACUACCGGUAAUCAAGGGGAGGCAAGAUAAAACCCAAAUGCACGUCGUCACACACGGCGCGGUUGAGUGCCGAGCAAAACGCGCGGUGUAUUGUGUUCUGUGUCUAGGGCUGGUGAUGAUAGAUGGGAAUGAAGGGGAGUGCAGCUUUGGUCGGGAAUGCGGGAAACAGCAGCAGCAGUAGCAGUGCUGGAGAAGAUCUUGAUAAUAGUACAAAACUCUGGCUGUAUAAACGGUGCGCUGCUCGUUCGCUGGUCGUUCAGUUGGAAUUGUUCCGUUGGAAAGCGUUCAUUGGAGUGUUGGCAGCGUGCUGUAGUCGUUUGGGGAAACUUUAGCGUGUGUUUGUGUGUGGCCAAGUGGUUUUGUGCGCUUUGUUCAGCUUCUUCUUUGGGGCAAUAUCCAACCGGGAGGGUCCAGUUUCGAAAGCGAAUGCUCUACCAAAGGGACAGCCAGGGACGCCUUGUGAUUGCACAGUUUCGCACUGUACUGACGCUGCGUGAAUCUCCCCAUCGCAAGCGCGCCUUUCUUUAAGGGAAAUAAUCCUUCCAUCUGCCAGGCACAGUACAACUCUCAGUGUGGAGAUGUAAAUCACUCGCCCACGUGCAAGCAAUACCGAUCACAGCCGCCAACCGCUCCCGAGCCUCCCGCAAAGCAAUAGACGAGAAGACCGACCCUUUUAACCGGUGUACGAACAACAAAUUAAGUUUGCCGACUGCCCAACCGACCAACCAUCCACCAAAACACCCAUCUGGAAGUCUUGGCUUGUGAAUUCUUACGAGUGUCUGUGUGAACAAGCAGAGUUGGUGCAGCAGUUGGAACAAACAUCCGGAGCGUGCGACAAAGAACACAAACUCCAAAGUCCAGAGCGGAAAUGGCAAGCUACUGUCGCUUCCUGCUGGUUGUAUUGCUGGCGGGUGUCGCUCUUGGGCAGCCGGACAGCAUCCGCAGCGAGCCCACGGAUGGCUCGAGACCCACGUUUACGGUGUACGAUUACUUGGCGGUCGCCUUCAUGCUGGUCAUCUCGAUAGGCAUCGGCGUGUUCUACGGGUGGUUUGAAAAGCGGGGCAGCAGUGGCGCCGAUCCGGCUGGCGGUGAAUCGAGCGAUGACUUUCUGCUCGGCUCGGGCAUGAGCCUGUUCCCGGUGACGCUCAGCCUUACCACCAGCUUCAUCACGGCGAUCGAGCUGCUCGGCAACCCGGCGGAGAUGUUCUUCAGCGGCACCCAAUUCGCGCUAAUCGUGAUCUCGAUGGUGUGGUAGUGCCGGUUGCGGUGAAGGUGUUCUAUCCAUCUACUUCAAGCUGGAUGUAACCAGUUGCUACGAGUAUCUCGGGAUGCGGUUCGAUAAGCGGAUCAGAACGUUCGGCGCGGUGCUGUACAUUCUUCAGAUGCUGUUCUACACGUCGGUGGCCGUCCUGGCGCCCGCCAUCGCCCUCUCGGAAGCAACAGGUCUGAACAAGUACAUCGCCGUCGUCCUGAUCUACUUUGUGUGCAUCUUCUACUCGUCGCAGGGCGGCAUGAAGGCGGUCGUUAUCGCCGAUACGUUCCAGGUGAGUGCCCCUAAUGGAGGUUCG